AGGUGAAAAUGCCAGAUGUAGAAUUUUUUGUUAACUUGGGGGAUUGGCCUCUGGAGAAAAAGAAACCCCCACAGAACCUGCACCCUAUAUUCUCAUGGUGUGGGUCCAGUGAAUCAAAAGACAUUGUCAUGCCAACAUAUGACUUAACGGAUUCAGUUUUGGAGACUAUGGGACGAGUUAGUCUGGAUAUGAUGUCAGUUCAAGCAAACACUGGCCCGUCAUGGGAAGACAAGAAUACCACAGCAUUCUGGAGAGGACGUGACAGCCGCAAAGAGAGGCUUGAACUUGUAAAGCUCAGUAGAAAAUAUCCAGAGAUUAUAGACGCUGCUUUCACAAACUUCUUUUUUUUUAAACAUGAUGAGAACCUUUAUGGCCCCAUUGUCAAGCACAUUUCAUUUUUUGAUUUUUUUAAGUAUAAAUACCAAAUUAAUAUUGAUGGCACAGUGGCAGCAUAUAGAUUGCCUUAUCUACUAGCAGGAAACAGUGUAGUGCUAAAGCAAGACUCCAUCUACUAUGAGCAUUUUUAUAAUGAGCUCCAGCCAUGGAAACACUACAUUCCAUUUAAAAGUGACCUGAGUGAUCUACUAGAAAAACUACAGUGGGCGAAAGAGCAUGAUGAAGAGGCAAAAAAGAUUGCAAAAUCUGGACAAGAAUUUGCAAGAAACAAUCUCAUGGGAGAUCACAUCUUUUGCUACUAUUUCAAACUUUUCCAGGAAUACUCCAGUUUGCAAGUGAGCGAGCCAAAAAUCAGAGACGGCAUGGAGAAAGUGCAGCAGCCUGAGGAUGAUCUUUUUCCAUGCACUUGCCACAGAAAAAAGACCAAAGAUGAACUCUGACAGAAAGAUUUUUUUUUUUUUUGAGUAUUUACCUACAUUCAAAAUAACUUCUUACGAAAUUUACUCUGUCAUGAUCUACAUAUGGAAGAAAACCAGCCACUACCUAUUUCCUUUUUAUCAUGCAAUACUGAUGGAGCCUUGUUCAAAAAACACUAUAAUUUUUAUAUUUUUUUAAAUAAAAACCAUGUUUAUAACAGCCA